GCAAAGCUGUGCUCAAGGUGUUACCGCAAUUAAUGGUGUGCGGUACAUAGUAUUCAACUCAUAUCAUUCCAAACGGCUUUGCCUGACAGAAAUUGCAGACGAAUUUCGGCCAAGGCUGCUACAACUGAAAUUUUUAGCGGCCCUGGAAGAGCAAAUACGGGAUGACGACGCAAAUGCGCCCGAAUUAAUCGACGGUUAUGCUCAACGUGAUGACUGUCGAGGGAAAAUGAUUGAAGAUAAGUUCUUGGAGUUUCUACAGACAUCAAACUCUAUCCAGCAGCAGAUAUCAAUAUCGGCACUUGGUUCUAUUGCACGGCUAGCAAAAUAUGACACACUUCGAAGUGUGAUGUUGGACCAUCACUUUCUUAACGACAUAAGAGAUAGGCUUGAUAGUAGCGAUGAAGAUGUCCGACUUGUCUCUUUGGACGUAGUGGAUGCCUUCGCCAAGUAUGAUGAUAGUUAUACCCGACUGAUAGAAAUUGGCAUCGUGGAUCCUCUCCAAAAAAUGUGCAAUGAUACUAGCUGGCAGACCAGACAAAGAUCUCUUGAGGUUGUUGCGGGAUGUGCCAAACAUGAGGUAAUACGAAGCGAGAUGCUGGAAUCUCACUUUCUUGAGGAUUUGAGAGAUAGGCUCACUGAUAGUGACUGGGAUGUGCGACGAGCGUCUAUGAAGGCGAUCACAGUCUUGGCAGAGCAUGACGCAGGUCAAAACGAGAUGCUUCAAGUUGGUGUUCUGGACUCUCUCCAAAA